AUGAUUCUUGAAGACGAAGAAAGAGUGAUAUGUCGGUACAACGAAAAUGAAGUUUUGCCAAAUGUCGAAGGAAUAGCCGUUGGUACACAAGAGUAUAGGGCGAAUAGAAGAGAAGUACAGAAUCGUGACAUCCAUCACGCCCUUCGUGUUGAUUUGGUGGAGUACAUUUAUAGGGCACAUAUUCAGCCACCGAUAGAGUUUUCUCACGAUGAUUUGGUUGACGAAUCAGACGAGGAUUAUGAUAUUUUCGUCGAGAGCAAAGAUUCCGAUGACGAGAGUGAUGUUCGGGAGAAUGAUGAAGACGAUGAGGUUGAUGACGAUGACGUUAAUUUCGAGUGA